AGAAGAAUGAUGAUAGAAUAAACAAAUGGUAUAAAUAAGACAACAGCUGAUAAAUAUAAAACAAUCUGCUAGUGUGUGAGCAAAGAAGCAUUAUUUUUUUCGUGAAAGAAAUAAUAUAUUUAUCAAAACAAGUUAAAUAAAUAGUAAAAUCUAAAAAAUGGAUCCAGCGUUAUUAAGGGAACGUGAAGCGUUCAAAAAGAGGGCUAUGGCCACUCCAACUGUGGAGAAGAAGCCAAAAUCCGAAGCUCCACCAGCCAGUCAACCAAAAGAUGAUGCUAAGAAGAAAAUGCGACCACCAAGUGCACCUAAACUGGAUGCAAGCACAUAUAAAACAAUGUCAGGAAGCUCACAGUAUCGUUUUGGUGUAUUGGCUAAAAUCGUGAAACAUAUGCGUACACGGCACCAAGAAGGCGAUGAUCAUCCUUUGAAUAUUGAUGAAAUCUUAGACGAAACAAAUCAGUUAGAUAUUGGGCAAUCCGUUAAAAAUUGGCUCGCAUCAGAGGCGCUUACCAACAAUCCGAAAAUAGAAGCUACACCGGACGGUCAACGUUUUAGCUUUAAGCCGGUAUAUAAAAUCAAAGAUGGCAAAAGUUUAUUGCGCCUUCUUAAGCAGCACGACCUAAAAGGACUGGGUGGCGUUUUGCUCGACGAUGUACAAGAAUCAUUGCCACAUUGCGAGAAAGUGCUCAAAAAUCGUGCUUCCGAAAUAAUAUUCAUAGUGCGGCCAAUAGAUAAGAAGAAGAUAUUGUUUUAUAACGAUAGAACAGCAAACUUUACGGUCGAUGAAGAAUUUCAAAAGCUGUGGCGCUCAGCAACCGUAGAUGCCAUGGAUGAUGCGAAAAUUGAUGAAUAUCUUGAAAAACAAGGCAUACGCUCUAUGCAAGACCAUGGGCCAAAGAAACCGGUGCCGAAACGUAAGAAAGCUGCAAGCAAGAAGCGUCAAUUUAAGAAACCAAGAGAUAACGAGCAUUUGGCAGACGUUUUGGAAACUUACGAAGAUAAUACUUUAACUCAAAAAGGCGCGAAUCCUACGUAAAAUAAUUGUAAAUUCUGCUUUAAAUAAUAUUAUCUCAUUUCCAUUUACAUAUAAAUAUAAUAUGUAUUAUUUAAAAUAUAUCAAACUUUUAUGCAAAAAUAAAACAAAAUCUUGGAUCACUACAGCCACAGA